GGAGCAUAUCACUUGAAAGACGAAAAACCCUGAAAGCUAUAGAAGAGCUGGGGUUUGAAUUUGAUUCCUGCAAACAUCAACGACGAUGCAAUUAACUCUUGAAUUCGGGGGUGGGUUAGAGCUGCUCUGUGAUUCUGAAAAGAUUCAUAAAGUUAACGUUGAUUUGCCCAAUGGAGCUGAAUCUGAUGAUUUCACUAUGAAGCAUUUACUUUCAUGGGUUCGUACAAAUCUGAUCAAAGAGAGACCUGAGAUGUUCAUGAAAGGAGAUACUGUGAGACCUGGGGUUCUUGUGCUAGUGAUGAAUGACUGUGAUUGGGAGCUAAGCGGUCAGCUCGAUACAAGAAUCGAAGAAAAAGAUGUUAUAGUUUUCAUUUCCACUUUGGAUGAAAAUAUCUGAUCACGAGAGCUUUUGUCUAGGAUUCUUAACAAAUUUUGAUACUUGUUGUUUGUAAUCUCUACGAGUACCCAACUUAAUGUAUUUGUUUACUUGAAGAUUGAUAUUAGAGGAUUUAUCA